GGCAGAGAGCAAGUGACUGAGCAAGAGAGUGAGAGGGGGUUUGUGAGUGUGGGAGAGAAAAGAGAGAGAGAAACAGUAGUGAUGAUCGACGCCAGGCUGCCACCACUCUGUAGCAGUGAGUGGCUGCAACAAAAAGCACAGAAUAACAUCCCUGACUCCCUGCUCUGCUUUUUUCUCUCUCCCUGCGUCUCAGCUAGCAGACGAGGGCUCCGCUCACAGCUCUGCAGAGGCUAUGCUGAGGCUGAGCCGGCUUUGGAUACGGGAUCUCUGGCUGCCAUCAACAAGUUAGGGUUGGAAAACCACAGCCAUAAAAGAGAAAAGCUUGAUCUUCAAUUAACCAUCUGAGCUGACAUCAUUGCGGUGGAAGGGAAACAAAAGGGUAAAAAAAAGAAAAAGAAAAAAAGGAAAGGAGGGGGGGGGGUCUGUUCACCGGAGUCGCUCUGGAUGCAACUGAUCAACUUAAAAAAAUAUAUAAAUAUUUAUUUCAAGGAUUCGUGGGAUCUUUCUUUGAGCUUGGAUUUUAAAGGACUCGAAGCAAAAUAACAGGAGUAACCAUCAUCUUGGGACAUGGAAUUUCAUAUUUCGUUUCAAUUGGGUGGGUUCAGAAUUGCUUUAUUUCCAAAGAGGCUAAUUCCUUUUGUGCUUACUCAAAAGGGUUUUUUCCCUUUGGAUUUUUCUUCCAUCUGGUUGCUUCAAGAUUCUGCGGAAAAGGACAGUUGAAUGCAGCCUCCGAUGUGCACAAAAGAAUGGGUUUCCAUUCAAGGUGGUCAUUGGUGGGACCUGCACCAGCGGCUCUGUGUGUGAUCAGCAUGCUCCUAGUGUGCCUGCUGCCUCCUGCAUCGUGCACAACCUGCCCUCAAAAAUGUCGCUGUGAGGACCUGCAGUUCUACUGCGACACCCAGGGGCUUCAGGCACCCCCAGAUGGUGUGGACAAGGGGGCCCUGGGGUUGUCACUACGCCACAAUAGCAUCACUGAUCUCAGCCCUGAUCAAUUUUAUGGCUUCAGCCAGCUUACAUGGCUACAUCUAGACCACAAUCAGAUUACAACCGUACAAGAGGACGCCUUCCAAGGGCUCUACAAGCUGAAAGACCUCAAUCUAAGCUCCAAUCGUAUCACCAAGUUGCCCAACACAACCUUCAUCCACCUCAUCAAUCUCCAGAUACUGGACCUGUCCUUCAAUCAGAUGACUGCAUUGGAACCAGAACUGUUUCAUGGACUGAGGAAGCUUCAGAUACUCCACCUCCGUUCCAAUUUACUUCGCACCACACCUGUUCGGGCAUUCUGGGACUGCCGCAGCCUGGAAUAUCUGGGCCUAAGCAGCAAUCGUUUACGGAGUCUGGCCCGGAACGGAUUUGCUGGGCUCAUUAAGCUUAAAGAGCUCCACUUGGAGCACAAUCAGCUGACCAAGAUCAACUUGGCCCAUUUCCCUCGCCUUGUUGCCCUCCAGUUUCUUUAUCUGCAGUGGAAUAAAAUCAGCAACUUAACAUGUGGCAUGGAGUGGACCUGGACCACUUUAGAGAAGCUGGACCUCACAGGAAAUGAAAUCCGUGUCCUGACAUCUGAUGUGUUUCAAACGCUGCCAAAUUUAAAGAUUUUGCUGCUGGAUAACAACAAACUAAGCAGUCUGGAUCCACAAGUCAUGGAUAUGUGGCAGUCUCUGGGUACCAUUGGGCUGUCUAGCAACUUUUGGGAAUGUACCAAAAGGAUUUGCUCUCUGGCCACUUGGCUAAGCACCUUUAAAGGAAGGUGGGAACAUUCCAUUCUCUGCCAUAGUCCUGAAUAUGCCCAAGGUGAGGAGAUACUUGAUGCCGUUUAUGGAUUCCAGCUUUGCCAGAAUUUUUCAGCGCCGGUUGUUCAGACCAUAAGUACUACCACAGACGCUUCUAUAGCUGCAGAGAUCACAAGCUCCUUGUUCGGAAUUAUGCAGCCGACCCCCACGCAGGACUACGCAGAGGAUUUUGUGAGCUUUACCACAGUCACUACCACAACAACUACAACAACACCACCACGCACUGCUCAAGCAACUACUGCUAAAUUGGAAGAGGCAGCUGUAACAGAGGACUUCUCUGCAAUGGACAACACUGUUAUGACUCACAGGGUUAUCAUUGGAACUAUGGCCCUUCUAUUUUCAUUCUUUUUCAUCAUUUUCGUUGUGUACAUCUCACGGAAGUGCUGCCCUCCCACCCUGCGCCGGAUACGCCACUGUUCGGCUAUUCAGAACCGCAGACAGAUGAGGACCCAGCAGCGGCAGCCUAUGGCAGAUCUAGCUACACAGGUACCCUAUAAUGAGUAUGAGCCCAGCCAUGAAGAAGGGGCACUUGUGAUCAUUAACGGCUACGGGCAGUGCAAGUGUCAGCAACUGCCUUACAAAGAGUGUGAAGUAUGAACUCUUAUUUAUUCCUAGAGCAUAUGGUUUGCCAUUUGACCAUUUCAGAUGAUACAGGGUUUGCUUUUUUUAUUUUUAUUUUCCAGUUUGUGUAAAAAGCAUAAUUUCUACAAGUAAGAUUUGAGAAUAUGUGAGAAAUGUUGAAUGCUACAAUGACACAGGUUGGACAUGACAGUUUAGGGAUGAUUUAGAGAUAGUCACAAAUUUAUUUUUCUAUGAAUGCAAGGUUGUUCAUAUCAGGCAGGGGCAAUCAUUUUAAACAAGAAAAUUGUAAACUGUGAGAUUUGUCUCCACAUUGUCUCUAUAUUCUGCAGCACAGAGAAAAUACUUCGCCAAAUGGCCCUCUGCUAACGGAAUGCAUUAAGUGGAGAAAUGUGAUUUAUGUCUUAUUUCUUUUAAAAAGUAAAUAUUUAAGAUUGUGUUUUUAACUGCACCACAGGCAAUGUAAGCAACUAACUCAAUUACUAGGGCAAAUUAAUUGGAUCAAUUAUCACUUUUUAUGUUUUAUAAAUUUUAAAAUAACAUACAUUAAAGGCCACAAAGAACGAAAUCAAAUUAUCAUAACUAAAAAAAUUAAUCGUUAUGUUAAAAAUAAAGAACCCUGAAAUCCUAUUCAGUAUAAACAAAUGUCAUUACAUUUAUCAAAUCAGACAUGAGUUAAUUAGGCAAGGCUAUCCUCUACCAUCAGGCCUCACAGCGUUUCCUGUCUACAGAGUAAAUUUGGGCAGCCCACCCCAAAAAACAGCUGUCUUAAGCCAAAAGGGAUUAUUUUGUUUAUAUUUGGGUAUUCUUCCAAAAUGUAUUCGGUGUUGAAAUGCAACUACAGUGUGUACUGUUUGAAAAGAAAACGAAAUGGUGCGUUUACGUUCAAUUAUGUAUACUGGGAAAUGGCCUCUUUGAUUGGGCUUUAGCUCGUAAAUGCAAUGCUGUUUUGCAGCUUGUUGGAUGUUGGAAAUCCCGCCCACAAAGGGCAACCACCCAAAAUAAAAUUCUCCACCUGUGGGAAACACCAAGCAUUGUUCAUCUGUGGUUAAUCUUUAACAUACUACUCUGCUUAGCAGAAACACAUGGAUGAUCUUGGAAGUCAAGAAUGAAACGAUUAGACCUUUAAAUGUUCAAUGACCUGUAUAUGGCUUCUCUAGCCCUCAAAUGCCAUACACACUGUGACCAUAAUAUUGUCAACAUCUUAAUCUAGUGAGUACAGUUCGCUGAUUUGCUAUAAUAUAUUAGGAUCAAUAUAUGGACGAGCUAGUGUGAGGGUAGCAAGUGAAAGGGUAAUGACCAGCGCAAAUGACAGAUAGGAGAGCACUUCA